GAGGCGAUCACCCACGGCAGUGAGGAGAGGCAUCAGCUGAGACAGGACCUGGCGGAGGCGCAGCAGAAGCUGGACCUGCUCAAGGACAUGCAGAGACAGAUGACCGCCUCGGGGGCCGUGCCUCCUGGGAGACUCAGUCCUCGCCCACAAGACGCGAGUUCCCCGUCGGACUCCGGAGUGGACUCUGACAUUCCGGGCAUCAUGAGCGCCCUCAGCUCCACACAGCAGCAGAUUGUGCGACAGCAGGAACAGCAGUCACAGCAGCGACAACAGCAGCAGCAGCAGUCUGAGGGCGCGGAGAAGGCUGGGGAGUUGUUGGAGGCAGGCCGGGGGCUUGUCGGGAGUGGCUCCGCAGAGGAGGAGGGGAAGACGAGGAAAGAGGAGGAGGAGAAGAAGAGGAAAGAGGAGGAGGAGGAGGAGGGAGCAGAUUUUGUCUUAGCCCCGGAGGAGCUGCGGUGUGCGGAGGUGUCGCCGGGGAACGAGCCCCGGCCUGUGUCCUCAGGGGAGAGGUUCGAGCCCGGAGUGCUGCAGGAGGCGACGGUGAGCCAGCUAGAGGAGAGCGUGCUGGACCUGAGCGAGCAGGACGGGAGCCACCUACUGCGCGACCUGACAUCCGUGACCUCCGUGACCCCAGCCUCCUCCUCCUCGCAGGACCAGGUGAUCGAGGUGGCGGCCGCGGAAGAGGACGAUGACGACGACGACAACAACGAGGUGUCGGUGGCCGACCUGCCUCUGCCCGACGUGGUGAGUCUCGGGGCGGAGGAGGAGGCGGGCCGCUCGCUGACGGAGAUGUUAGCCAACGUGGAGCUGGAGGACAGCGAGGUAGACAGUGACGACAACGACACGCUCACCUCUAGGACGUCCCAGCAGGACUACUCGGGCCUGGCCACCACGGUGGAGGACAUCGCCGGCGAGAGGGAGGAGGAGGAGCAGCGGCGUCGCCCCAGCAACCAGGGCGAGGAGGAAGAGGAGGGGGAGGAGGAGGAUCGGAGGACGCUCCGCGGGAGUGUUGAUGAUAAUGACAAUGAGAGCCUACGCAAAAAUUCCUACCCGUCCCCAGUGGCCCCAGGCGGGCCAAACCUAGCCAUGGAGGAUGUGGAGGGGGAGGUGGGGAGCCUGGUCUUCCACACAGACCAGGGGGCCGGGGGCGACGGGCUGGACACAAUGUCAAGGUCGUCCUCGGUGGACCCGGAGAAGCCCAAGAUCGAGCUGGACUGCGACAACACGGAACCCAUUGAUGUCUAGCGGGAGGAGGAUGAGGCGAGGGGGGAGGGCGGGGGAGAGGCCUUCUGGUCUCUCUCUCUCUCUCUCUCUCCCUCCCUCCCUUUCUUUCACUCUCAUCUCUGCGUCUGUUCUCGUCUCGUGGUCGGCGGUCACACCCACCCGCCCGCCACC